AUCAGGAGGACUCUGAAGAAGAAAUCAAAGGAGUUUUCUACAAUGAGAUGUACACAUUGGAGUUAGACACAGGGAAGUGGUAUGAUCUGGUGCUAAGGGGUAAGAAAGUAAUCACAGAGAAAAAGAAAAGGAGGAGAAAAGAUAAGAAAACUCAGGAUGGAGAGAAUGAGGAGGGAGACUGUGAUGAGGAGGGAGAGGAGGAGGAGGAGGAUAUGGAUGUUGAGGAGGAAGUCAAGCAUUUGAAGAUAGAAGGCAAUAAAACAGAUUCAACAGAAAGCUCAUCAUCACCCAAAAAUGAAGAAACUACAUUCGAUGAUGGAGUUUUCAAAGUAACAGUGGGACCACAGACAACAUCUCAGUCAGGGGAUGGCACGGGUGACAGUGGCUCCACCUGCAUGGAAGCAGACAUCUUUAUGCCGAGGCCCAGGAUGAAUGCCAUGGUAACAGUUAAAAACAACCAGUUGUUUUUGUAUGGAGGUUUAUAUGAGGAAGGAGAUAAGCAGAUCACUCUGGAUGAUAUGUAUUCACUGGAUGUACAAAAAGUGGAAGAAUGGAACAUUAUAUGCAAAGGCAAUGUUGACAGCCAGGAAUGGCAGGAGUCCGAUUCCUCAUCAGAUGAAGAAGAAGAUGAAGACAUGGUGUCAGAGGGCACUGGAGAAGAUUUGGAUCUUGAAGAUGCUCCUGAAAUUGAGGAAGAGGAAGAGUUAAAAGACUAUUUUCUAAGAACCAGAGAAUUCUGGCUGGAGACUGCUAGUGACAUGUUAGCUGAUGAGGCAGAAGGAAUGUCUUCUGGAAAGAUGCGUCAAAAGGCAGAGGAGAUAGCCGAGUUGUAUUAUAAAAGUAACACAUGAUACAAGGUAUUGUGAAUGAAAAGAUUCUGAAAUUUGAGAUAAAAUUUAAGUUAACUGCAAUGUCGAAUGUGUACAGGGCAGUUGGAAAAUGUGAAAAUGUAUGUUUACAGGACAAUUGUAUGAUUGGAAAAAUUUGGUAAUUUCCACUCUUUCAAAAAAUCAGUACUUGACUUUGAGAUGCCUUGGCCUUGACACUUGUGCUUUAGCUUCCAAGCUGUUUUCCUUUCCAAAUGGCCAUUCAAACAUUGCCAUGUAUGUCAUCCAAACAAAAUGGCACUUUCGGGUAUUUUUGGGUUGAUAUAUGAUAUUUAAGGAUACAAAAAAUGUUACUGGAGUUCUGUUUUUAUCUGUAUAAAUGGUAUGUACAUAGUAACAUAGUGUAUUGCUUUAAAAGAGGAACUCCUGUUUUGUAACAGUUACAGUUUGUCUGUUGAAGUCUAAAUUAGAAACCAACCAUUUCCCCUUACACUUUUUUCUGCUCUUAUGGUCUUCAUUAUUAUUAUUUUUUACUCCUUUGCCAAUUCAGUUGUUAAUGUAGAUUUAAACAAAUCUCAUAUUUGUUCAAAUUCCUGUGAAAUCAUUGCCCCAUCAGAAAUAAAGAUAAAAGAAAUUUUCUCUCCUC